AUGCCACGUACCCGUUCUUAUAAUACACAACUUAAAAAGAAUAGAAUUUAUGAUGAGAUUCGCUCUACACAUGAAUACUUAUAUCCCGGAGAUCUAGAAUUCGCAAUUUCAAAAGAAAAAAUCCAAAAUUCUGAAAUUUGUAGUAAAUAUGAAAUAGAAAAUAAUCUAAAUAGAUUAGAGACAGACAAAGUUAAUCUUAAUUUUGAAAAAUAUAAGGAAGAUCAAGAAGCAAUAAUUAAGAAUUUUAAAUUCCAUUCACAAUAUUUAUAUAAAGAAAUUACAGAAAAACUUAAUCUAUUCAAAUAUAUUGUAACAAGAAUCUAUUCAAAGGAUGACUUUGAUACUAAAGCUUUCAUAGAUUUAGUCAUUAAAAAUAUUAGUGAUACUUCUAAACUUACUUUCUUUAAGAUUCAAGCAAAUACUUAUAAGUCAAGUUUAUUUAAAUUUAAAGUUCAACCAUGUCUGUACAAUAUUGUUCAUAUUGUUCUUUUUCCUUCUGCUGAAAAUAAUAACAGUGCUUCUGAGCCAAAAAUAAGUGAAAUAAUUGAAGGAGAAGAAAAUAAUAACGGACAAAUAUUUCCACCUUUAGUUCGAUCAAAACGUUUUUGUGAUAAAAACGC